GGUGCCCCGCCUCUUCCGCCUUGGCGGCGGCGGCGGCGCCUGCGCGUCCCCUGUCAGGGUCAGCUGGCGGGUUCCCUGGGCCGUCCACCUGCGUGUCGCGGAGCCGCGCCCCGGGGGUCGAUGGCGAUGAACUAUAACGCCAAGGAUGAAGUGGACGGUGGGCCCCCGUGCGCCCCUGGGGGCGCCGCCAAGACCCGGAGACCGGACAACACGGCCUUCAAACAGCAGCGGCUGCCGGCCUGGCAGCCCAUCCUCACGGCCGGCACGGUGCUGCCCACCUUCUUCAUCAUCGGCCUCAUCUUCAUCCCCAUCGGCAUCGGCAUCUUCGUCACCUCCAACAACAUCCGCGAGAUCGAGAUUGAUUAUACUGGAACAGACCCUUCCAGUCCCUGCAGUAAAUGUUUGUCUCCGGAUGUGACACCUUGUGUUUGUACCAUUAACUUCACACUGGAACAGUCAUUUGAGGGCAAUGUGUUUAUGUAUUAUGGACUGUCUAAUUUCUAUCAAAACCAUCGUCGUUAUGUGAAAUCUCGAGAUGAUAGUCAACUAAAUGGAGAUCCUAGUGCUUUACUUAAUCCCAGUAAGGAAUGUGAGCCUUAUCGAAGCAAUGAAGACAAACCAAUUGCUCCUUGUGGAGCAAUUGCCAACAGCAUGUUUAAUGAUACAUUAGAAUUGUUUCUGAUUGGCAAUGAAUCUUAUCCUACGCUUAUUCCUUUGAAAAAGAAAGGUAUUGCUUGGUGGACAGAUAAAAAUGUGAAAUUCAGAAAUCCUCCUGGAGGAGAACCCCUAGAAGAACUAUUCAAAGGUACAACAAAGCCAGUAAACUGGGUUAAACCAGUGUACAGGCUGGAUUCUGAAUCAGAUAAUAAUGGGUUCAUAAAUGAGGAUUUUAUUGUUUGGAUGCGUACUGCAGCAUUACCUACUUUUCGUAAGUUAUAUCGUCUUAUAGAGCGGAAAAAUGAUUUACAUCCAACAUUACCAGCUGGACGAUACUAUUUGAAUAUCACAUACAAUUACCCUGUACAUUCUUUUGAUGGACGAAAACGGAUGAUCUUGAGCACUAUUUCAUGGAUGGGAGGAAAAAAUCCAUUUUUGGGGAUUGCUUACAUCGCUGUUGGAUCCAUCUCCUUCCUUCUGGGAGUUGUACUGCUAGUAAUUAAUCAUAAAUACAGAAACAGUAGUAAUACUGCUGACAUUACCAUUUAAUUUUAUAUUCUGAAAACAGAUUUACUGCAUGUGCAUCAAGGCCAGUCCUAUUCAACCUAGCUUUCGAAUGCUGAUGUCAUACUAACUAAUGUCUGGUUAGUAUGUCAUUUUUGAAGUUGGCACAUAACUUUCUUUUUUAAACAGGCUUUGUCCUUUGCUUCUUCCGUAUGGAUGACUUAUGAAAAUAUAUGAUGAGCAUAAAACAAAUUAGCUGUACUGGUGAUAUCAACAGUAUAACUGCUGAAGUGGCAUUCUGAUGUUUGCUUUUUGUCAGGACAGGCCAUGUGAUGCAUAGAGCCUCUUCCAUGUGAAAUGCGUCUACUGCUUAAAUGUUUAUGCUGUGUUGGUAAUAUUAUAGUGACAUAUGAUGUUGUAUACGUAUGCCUAUUGUGUGAAGAAAGGGAUUACAAGAUGUGUGAGUAUAGUGACUUGCUAACCUUUCAAGAUUCAGAGUUAAUGAAAAGAUGAAGAAAGACCAAUCUAAAUGAAACACUUCAUCAUUUUCAUGUGUCAUGUGUAAAGGCUUAAAGUGCCAUCUUUGUUGAGGUGGUUCAUGUAUUCAAUUUAUCCAGUAUAGUUCUUUGUCAAGCUUAGCUUUGAUUUCAAAGGAUAUGCUUACCUAGUCUAACACAGGAAUUAAUGCUCGUGUCUGAAGAGGUCACGUAGGUCUCAGGUAGGAGAAUUUAAAAUUUUUCUUUCCAUUUGGUUAAGAUGUUGCAAUCAAGAACCCCAACUCAAUUGAUACGUUUUUACAUGUGAUCAUUUCCCUUGAAGCUUAUACUUCAUAAGGGAUGAAAGAAUAUAGGUGAAAUGGGAAAACUUCUUGGCAGACCUUCAUCUUCUGCCUCAACUGUAAACUAGAUGUAAGUGUUCAAAGGAGACUGUUUUCAUUCUUGUGGUAUUUAACAUUCAGAAAUUUGCUUCAGCAUUGAAAAGACCCCAAGCUGUUUUUAUUUUGCUUUUAAGUGUUUUGACUUAAGUACUAUUAUAUUGCAGAAAUUUUGGAAAACAGUAACCUUCAUUUCCUCUAUAUGUCAUUCAGUCUUUGCAUAUAGGUCAAAAAUGGAUGCGUAUGCACAUUCUCUUUCUUUAAGGCACCAAUUGUUUUGGUUGGUUUUCCUAAGACAUAUUUUAAAAAAAAGUUCUUUAAAUUUCCUAAUUAAAUUCUGGAGAUUUUGGAGUAUGUACAUGAUAAAUUAUAAUAUAUAUGGUUGAAGUUAUUUUAUUUUCUAACUGGAAUUAUUUUAAUAUUCCUUAUUGAAUAAAUGCUGUAAUUUGUUUGUUAUGGAACUUAUUCUUGAAUAUAAACUUAUUUUUUCACAUGCAUGAAAAUGUAUGUCUUAAUCAGAGGUGGCUUAAUUGCAUUGAAAUUGCAUUUUUUUUUUUACCCGAAUAACUCAUAUGUUUGUAUAGAAGAAUGCCCGUUUGAUAUUCAGAUUUCCUUCAGUUAUAUGGUUUCCUUCAGUUAUAUUUUAAAUCAAAAGGUUUGGAUCAUGUGUCUAUUUUGAUUAAUACAUGUUUUUUUUAAAACAAAAAAUAAUGUAAAGCUUAAUAGUAGAAAUGUGCCACACUUCUUAAGUUUUGUAUAACAUGAAAUUCAGUUAAAAAUAACUUGUAGUUCAUAAUGACUUUUAACUGGUAGAAUAUUACUUGCAUGAGGUACUUAACGUAUAAUUAUCCUGAAAUUUCUGAGUGCAUAGUCUUUGUCUAAAAAUGUUCUUUGUUUGGUCAGUCCUUCAGAAUAUUGCUGUUUAUUCUGAUAAUUGACCCUCUUGCACAUGGCAUUUGAUUUUCUGGCAUCCAUCAUGGGGGAGAGGGGUUUUUCUGGUCUUUCCAUAUUGAGCUUGUGCUAUUUAAGGAGGGCUGCCAUCCUGUGUCUCCUUUUCUAACUGGGGGACCAAAGGUGCUGCUAAUGAAAAGUUGAAGAGCCUUUCCAACACUUUCUUAUCUGUGGUGAAGAUGGAAUCUUCAAAUAUAUUUAGAGUUUUAUCUAUUUUACAAGUACAUUGAUGGCUGAAGUUCCUCCCUGUCUCCUGCCAUUUGACCCCUAAGAGAUUCCUGUUGCUGAAUAGGAGGAAUGUGGAACGCUGAUAUGGCCUCUGUGAAGCAUGAGGGGAGGGAGAACAGUGCUUGCUUAUGGGCUUUAUGCUCAUCUUUUGGAAACAUUGAUGUCAUAUUCAACUUUCAAAGAAUCAUAUUGCAUUUUAAGACCACUAGGUUAAGUAGAAGGCAUUGAAGAAUGCAUUAUCUUGCAGGAAGUAUUUUGAUAUAUGAAGUUUCCCAGUUGAAGGAGUUAUUUAGUGAGUAAAAGCUAAGAAAUUUCAUUGAAAUCAUAAGUCAGUUUAAAAAUAAAUUGGUAAAAAUAACUGAACUACCUAGUAGAGAAUUAUUCAACCGAGAGGAGAGUCAAGUGAAUAUUAUUUGUUUAUUGGUUAGUAACAGUUUAUUUGUAACCUUGAUUAUAUUAAAAGAUAACUUUCUGUUAGUAUGUUCUGUAUUAAUAAAAAUGAACAAAAUUGAUUUUGCUAUGUUCAAGUGUCUUGCUGAAAUAACAGUGCCCCAGUGUUGUUGCUAAUGUUUAGCACUACAUUUUAGCCCAGGGUCAAUGAGUCCAAGUUUUACCAUUUCCAUGCCUAGAUUUGAUUGCCAUAUGUGUAUAUAUUAAUCUCUCCAACAGCAUUAACUAUGGGAUUUAUCUGUAUUACUGAGAAACAUCUAUUCUUACCAGGAAGUGAUCACAUUGUCAUCUGAGUUAUAGGCAGAUGGGGUAAAUGUAGUAUUAGAUCAAGGGAAAUGUCAAGUAAAUAGAAAAUGAAGAACUGGUAGAGAGGCAAGGAUGAUGAAAAUAAGAAGUGGGCAGAGCAUGCAGGAAAUGAAAAGCCAGACUAAGAGGAGCAGCUGAGAGGUAGAGUUAAUGAAUGCUGUUCAGCCUGCUCACCUCCUGUUUCAUGGAAAUACUGCCUUUUUGUAUGGUUUGAAUUAUUGUAUGGUCUUUUGUUGGUUAAGCUGCAAAGUUUUGUUCUUUGUGAACAUGGUUAUUUUGGGGGA